AGAUGUGGGAGAAGAACAUGACGCUCUGCCACAAGCCCAGCAUCACGGCCAACAAGGAGGGCGAGGACUACACGCAGGUCACCUUCUUCCCAGACUUCCCUCGCUUUGGGAUGAAGGCACUGGAAGAGGACAUUGUCGCAUUGAUGCGGCGGCGUGCCUUUGAUGUGGCCGCCUCCACGCGGGAGCGCUGCAAGGUGGUCCUGGAUGGCAAACUGCUGGAGGUGUCCUGCUUCCAGGACUAUGUGGACCUUUUCGUGAAGCCUGAGGCCUUCCGCGCCUGCCAGGUAGUGAACGAUCGCUGGGAAGUGGCCUUGGGCCUCACAGACGGCUCCGGCUUCCAGCAGGUGAGCUUUGUGAAUUCCAUCAACACCUCCCGUGGUGGGACGCACGUCUCGUAUAUCACCGAUCAGGUGGUCAGCGCUGUGUUGGAGAAGAUCGGCAAGCAGAAGAAUGGAGGUCAAUUGGCUGUGAAAAGUCAGCAUGUGAAGAGCUACUUGUGGGUCUUCAUCAAUUGCUUAGUGGAGAAUCCAGCCUUCGACUCACAGACCAAAGAAACCUUGACCAGCAAAAGGGAAAGGUUUGGUUCGGCUUGCCGCCUACCUGAAGAUCUGCUUUCAGAGGUCUUAGAGAGUGGACUGUUGGAGUCCCUCCAGGAGUGGUCCAAAGCCAUGGGAAAGAGCGAGUUGGCUCAACACCUGAAUCGCAGCGAC